AUGGCUUCCCAGCUGCAGUACAUUUAUGAAGGCAAAAUAGACUUUAAAAGCCAGCAUACUGUUGAACAGACGACACGAGUCGCCCUUUCUAUCCUUGGAACCGUCGCGUUUAUUAUUGGCUUUGUGAUGCAGUCUCUACGGACCACGUUUACAAUCUUUGGAGGCGGCGUCGUGCUUAUUCUUGUUCUCGCAGUGCCACCGUGGCCAUACCUCAACCGAUUCCCAGUCGCGUGGACAGACAUGCAGUCCGAGGAGAGCAAGAAGCAGCGAUGA